GGGCCGCCCCCAGGAGGGAGAAGGGCUUUUCUUUUCUUUUUUGGCUGCAAAUCCGCUUCAUGCUCUUGCAGCUCACCCAUGGCAGAAAUAGUGGAGUUCCGAGUCCCGGAUGGAAAUGGACGGACCCUGCUCGUUUUGGGAUUGGAGACAGACGCGUCAGAGCAUGCUCUAUAUUUAACCUUCUCUGCAUUUGGGCCGCUCUAUUCCGUGAGGGUUCACCAAAAUGCUCCAGUCGCUGGGCCUGGCUAUUAUGCCCUUGUGAAGUUCUACUCUGCGAGAGAUGCCAGCAAGGCACAAUGUGCUUGUAACCAGCGGCCCCUGUUUCAGAAAUCCCCUUUGAAGGUUUGCAUCUGUACCAGACAACGACCCUUUUCACAACAAGGCUUGGGUUUGAGCAGCUACAGAUGCCGGGAAUUAGCCAAUCACUUCCUUGGUUUCAACAGCUGGUCCAGUCGUAUCAUCACGCUCCAGAACAUAUCUGGUUUUGAAGACGAGGAGAAUGACGUGGAAGAAGUCAGGACAACACCCAGGAGCAGGAAUGCCAAGUAUCUGUGUGUCCAAGAAUUAACCUUCCCCCGAUAUGGGAUCCGCACCAGAGGGGUUGGUCUGGCUGAGCUUCCUGUGGAUCCCAGCCAAGAGUUUCUCUUGGCCACGAACAACAUCCAGAAGCUUGCCGUGCAUCGAGCCCUCUCGGAUGCAUUUCAGAAGAUUCUCAUUAUAGUUCUAGAGAAUGGGAAGGUAGCUGUGGAGUACAGCUGUCCCCAGGAAGACCACAUUGACCUUUUAACAGAAGAGGAACUCAAAGGUCUCAUCCAGGUGACCGAAUUAUCACUCUCACAGUUAAGUCCUGUAGAGGAAGAGGAGAUCUCUUGCUUUUAGCAUGCACUGAAAUCUCAUGCAUUUUAGCAUGCACCUGGUUUCCACAGAGUAAUGCCUUUAAAGGAGGAUAUUUUGCACCUGUUGAGUCUUUCUCUCUGCUUUGAAAGGGCAACUGCCGCAUCUGAAGCUCGCGGCAUUACUUGGAAGUCCCAUUUUGUUGUUCGCAACGGUUGCAGAUGAUGAUUUUCAUAAAUUGACACCUGCCUAUCAAACGAUUGCCUAUAAUUGCCUGUUGAUUUUUAACGAAGUGGGGUGAUUCCCUCCUCAA